AUGUUAGCAGACAUGCUGAGGAUAGCUGCUGCGAUGUGGAAGCUAUCCGUAAAGCUCAAAGGCAGCCCGGGAGACGACGGCCAUGGAGGAAAGGCUGAACGCUGGGCGAAACGGGUCCGCGCUAAGCCCGAUCGAUCGCCGCGAUGGAGGCCGACUCGACCCUCAACUCUUCGAGUUAAGACAUUCGCCUCGGUCAACGUUCCGCCGGUGGUGUAUGAAGGGGCCAUGGAGUCUGUCUCUCCCUUUCAGUCGCUGACCCCGGAGGUCAACUACUCGCCGCCAUGGCAGGACCUGAGCAUCAUCGGUAUCGCUGGGAGCUCCGGCUCCGGCAAAUCCUCGGUGGCUACCGAGAUCGUCAAAUCGUUGAACUUGCCCUGGGUGGUGAUUCUCUCGAUUGAUUCAUUCUACAAGUCGUUGAGUCCCGAGGAACAUCGCAAGGCGCAUGCGAAUGAAUAUGAUUUCGACUGCCCGGAAUCAAUUGAUUUUGAUAUCUUGGUGGAAACUUUGCGGGACUUGAAGAAAGGCAAGAAAGCCCACAUCCCGGUCUAUUCGUUCGCCGAGCACCAGCGUCAACCACAGACGCAGACCCUCUACUCGCCUCGAGUGCUGGUUCUCGAUGGUAUCCUGGCCCUUCAUGAUCCCCGCGUUGUCGAUCUUCUGGAUGUGAAGAUUUUUGUUGAGGCGGACAUGGAUGUUUGCCUCGGCCGUCGCAUUCUCCGUGAUGUUCGUGAAAGAGGACGUGACAUCGAAGGCAUCAUCAAGCAAUGGUUUGCUUACGUGAAGCCAUCGUACAACAAAUAUGUGGAGCCUCAACGGCGCAUCUCUGAUAUCAUUAUCCCCCGCGGAAUCGAGAACUUGACUGCUAUCGACAUGGUGUCCAAGCACAUCCAACGAAAGCUUCAGGAGAAGUCAGAGAAGCACACUGAGGAACUCCGCAAGCUUGGUCUGAUCGCAGCCAAGGUGGAGCUGCCGCCAAAUGUGCAUGUGCUGCCCUCCACGCCUCAGUUUCUAGGCAUGAACACUAUUCUACAGAAUCCCGAUACUCAGCAAGAUGAUUUCGUGUUUUAUUUCGACCGACUUGCCUCAAUCCUGAUUGAGAAGGCCCUCGACAUGUCGACGUAUGUUCCAACCGCCGUGGAGACUCCUCAAGGCAAUAAAUACCUGGGUCUAAACCAAAAUGGCACCGUUUCCGCUGUCGCGAUACUCCGUGGUGGCUCCUGCCUAGAAACAGCCCUGAAACGAACCAUCCCCGAUUGCAUUACCGGCCGACUCUUGAUCCAGACAGACGAGAGCAGCGCAGAGCCGGAGCUCCACUACUUGAAAGUACAACAGGGUAUUGAGGAACACUCUAUGGUGAUGCUUCUGGAUCCCCAGAUGACUAGCGGCGGAGCAGCUCUGAUGGCUGUGCGAGUGUUGAUCGAUCAUGGCGUGCGACAGGAACGCAUUGUCUUCGUGACUUGUGCUGCAGGAGAAACUGGGUUGAAGCGAUUGACAGCGGUUUACCCCAAGAUCCAGGUCGUCGUUGGUCGGAUUGAGAAUGAAGGCGAGCCGCGGUGGAUGGAGCGACGCUAUUUUGGCUGCUAG